AGACGCUGCACAGAGGGUUCGUGGCCUCUCGCAGCCGAGCGGCGCUGAUCUCCCCCUCACCCCCUCACCCCCUCACCCCCUCACCCGCCCCUCCACACACACCACACCACACCCCCGCGAUGUGCGACCGCAAUCGGCUCCUGGUCCGGGGCGGUCGGGUGGUGAACGACGACCGCUCGGUGUUGGCUGAUGUCUACAUCGAAGACGGGCUGAUCCGAGCCGUGGGGCUGAGUCUGCCCAUCCCCGGGGGGGUGAGGGUGAUCGAUGCCACAGACAAACUCCUGCUGCCCGGGGGCAUCGACACCCACACUCACAUGCAGUUGCCCUUCAUGGGGGUGGAAGCCGUGGAUGACUUUUAUCAGGGAACAAAGGCUGCUGUGGCUGGAGGCACCACCAUGAUAAUAGACUUUGUGGUGGGCCAGAAAGGUGUCUCCCUACUAGAGUCUUAUGAGAAAUGGAGAGGCUGGGCAGAUCCUAAAGUCUGCUGUGAUUACUCCCUACAUGUGGCUGUAACCUGGUGGAGUGAGAAGGUGAAGGAAGAAAUGGAAAUUCUCGUCAGAGAUAAAGGUGUGAAUUCCUUUAAGAUGUUCAUGGCUUACAAAGAUGUCUUCAUGCUUCAAGAUGAUGAGCUGUAUGCUGCUUUCUGCCAGUGCAAGGAGCUAGGAGCAAUCGCUCAGGUUCAUGCUGAAAAUGGGCAUUUAAUAGCAGAAAGCUCUAAGAAGUUGCUAGCUAUGGGAUUCACUGGCCCUGAGGCUCAUGAACUUUGUCGACCUGAAUCAGUCGAGGCUGAAGCCACACAAAGGGCGAUCACCAUAGCGAACUAUGUUAACUGCCCCCUCUACAUAGUCCAUGUAAUGAGUAAAUCGGCAGCUGAUGUGGUUGCCAAAGCACGGAGAGAAGGGAAGGUGGUUUUUGGGGAGCCCAUCGCAGCCAGUCUAGGCACUGAUGGGACUCAUUACUGGAACAAAGACUGGCGCCAUGCAGCAGGUUACGUCAUGGGACCACCGCUCAGACCCGAUCCUACAACGCCAGGCUACCUCAUGAACCUGCUAGCCAAUGAUGACCUGAGUGUGACAGGAACAGAUAAUUGCACUUUCAAUGGUUGUCAAAAAGCACUGGGAAAAGAUGAUUUUACAAAGAUUCCGAAUGGGGUGAAUGGUGUGGAAGACAGGAUGUCCAUUAUAUGGGAGAAAGGAGUGCACAAUGGUAAAAUGGAUGAGAACAGGUUUGUUGCUGUGACCAGUACAAAUGCAGCAAAGAUCUUCAACCUUUAUCCCAGGAAGGGGAAGAUUGCUAAAGGCUCUGAUGCUGAUAUCGUUGUUUGGGACCCGAAUGCUGUCAGGACUAUUUCUGCCAAGACCCAUCACCAGGCUGUUGACUUCAACAUUUUUGAAGGAAUGGUCUGCCAUGGGGUCCCUGUGGUCACCAUCUCACAGGGGAAAGUGGUAUUUGAAGAUGGUCUCCUGUAUGUCGUGCAGGGGGAGGGGAAGUACAUUCCACGGAAACCCUUUGCUGAUUAUGUCUUCAAGCGAGUUAAACAACGUGACCAGACCUGUCAGCCUACACCUGUACAGAGAGAGCCAUACCAAGGAAGUGUUGUGUCAUUACUACCAACUGGUACAUCUCGGCCUGGGGGGAGAGAUCUCCACCAGUCAACAUUUACUCUAUCUGGUGAGCCUGUAGAAAAGGAAUCUCAGAACCUCCAGAGAAGACGUGUCACUGAACCACCAGGCGGCCGGUCCAACAUCCUUUUCUGAGUAAUCGGUUCAGUCUAAAGAUGGCACGUUCAUUCCAACAGAAUGUCACCUGCACUGUGUAUUCAAUCUUCCCUUCUGGUCAUGCAAGAAGUAUAUAUUUAAGCAUGGUGCAAUGUGAGUCCUGAAUAAAGCAAACAUUACAUACGAA